AUGUGUUUAUGCUUUUUGUUCUCACGUCAGGCUUUCAAGGGAGCCCUGAUGAGCUCAUACUGGUGCUCAGGGAAAGGCGAUGUUAUCGAAGACUGGUGCAGGUGCGACCUCAACGCCUUCGAUGAGAAUGGACUCCCGAACUGCAGCCCUCUCCCUCCGCCUGUCCUGCGGCUCUCCCCCAACGUGGAGCCCUCCAGCACCGUGGUCUCUCUGGAGUGGCUGGACGUGCAGCCUGCCAUCGGGACCAAGGUGUCUGACUACGUCCUGCAGCACAAGAAGGUGGAUGAAUACACGGACACGGACCUUUACACAGGAGAAUCCUUGAGCUUUGCGGAUGAUUUGCUUUCUGGCCUUGCAACAUCCUGUGUGGCAGCUGGUAGGAGCCACGGCGAUGUCCCUGAAACCAGCCUCUAUUCAGUCAUUUUCAAGUGCCUGGAACCAGAUGGUCUGUACAAAUUUACCCUCUAUGCGGUGGAUACACGAGGGAGACACUCGGAGCUGAGCACGGUCACCCUAAGGACAGCCUGCCCGCUGGUAGAUGACAGCAAGGCAGAAGAGAUAGCUGACAAAAUCUACAACCUCUACAACGGCUACACCAGCGGGAAGGAGCAGCAGACAGCCUAUAACACACUGAUGGAGGUCUCCGCUUCCAUGCUCUUCCGCGUCCAGCACCACUACAACUCCCACUACGAGAAGUUUGGAGACUUUGUCUGGCGCAGUGAGGACGAGCUGGGGCCCAGGAAGGCACACCUGAUCCUGCGGAGGCUGGAGAAGGUCAGCAGCCACUGCUCCACCCUCCUGCGCAGUGCCUACAUCCAGAGCCGCACCGAGACCAUGCCCUACCUGUUCUGCCGCAGCGAAGAAGUCCGGCCGCCCGGCAUGGUGUGGUACAGCAUCCUAAAGGACACCAAAGUAACGUGCGAGGAGAAGAUGGUCUCCAUGCUGCGCAACACGUACGGGGAGUCCAAGGGGCGGUGAGGGAAGGUGCAGGCCUGGAGCUGCGGGAGGCAAAGGGACUCCGAGGAGUCGAGGACUCGUGAUGUGCUGAGUGGCUGAUGGGGUUCGGGGUCGGGUGGUGGUCGGAAGGGGUGGAAGGGGACAGCAAGGCCAAGCAGGACUUUCUCACGCAGACAGCAGAGAAACAAGAAAUCAGCAAGUUGGACUUUAAUUUCUUUUCCUUUUUUUUUUUUUUUUUAAUUUUUCAAGAGG